AUGGGCUCUAAUGCCACUGAAGGUUCGAUGGAUGAUACCAACGGCGACGUCAAGACUUCAACAUUUGAAGCAUCUUCAGCCUUUUGCUCGAUUUGCCUCGAUUUGGUGACUGAUAAUGGGGAAAGAUCCAGAGCGAAACUUCAAUGCGGACAUGAAUUCCAUCUCGAUUGCAUCGGUUCGGCAUUCAAUAUAAAGGGAGCAAUGCAAUGCCCCAAUUGCCGAAAGGUUGAGGGAGGUGAAUGGUUGUAUGCAAAUGGAUCUACUCGUUCAUUUCCCGAGUUUAACCUGGAUGACUGGACUCCUGAUGAGUAUCCCCCUGAGUUAAGUUACCCUGAAACGGUGAGCACAUCAUUUAUUUCAAAUUCUGUUAAAAACCUGUUGUUGUCCAUAUGCAUAUGACCAUAAAUCACCUGGUUGAAAUACUCACACACACACAUAUAUAUAUGUGACAUAAGUAGAACCUCCACUCUUGUUAGUUUGAUCUCCAGUGAAUAUUAUUCAAUCCCUGAUUGUUUGGAGCACAAAUUGGAAGAACUCCCCCCCCCCGGGAGUGGAAAAUAGGACUGCACAUCCUAACCAGCAAGGCACAAGGAAGGUAGUACAAAUGAAGGAAUGCAAUUGAAGGCUAUGGUAUCACAUUUGUAACGCUCCUGCUUGUGUCAAAACCUUGAAAAGAGAGCUUCAUGAAAGAGGAAUAUGGCAGGAGAAACCCGAAUUGCCCCCACUAAUUCGAUCAAUUUAAGACGGAUUAAGUAAACAAGCGACUAC